GAAACAAGCAUCAAUUUGAACAAAAUUUCCCCUUGUCGCCCCUUUGAUCUUUUUCCUCCUUUGAAUACAAAAAAAGUCAUCCAUAAAAUUCACUUCUCCCCUUUCCUACUCUUCUCCAUCCUUCUUCUCUGCCUCUCCCCCUCCUGCAAAAAAUGGCUGUAUCAUCACUACUUGUGAUCUUCAGCAGUACUCUUCUCCUUGCAAUCCUAACGUUGGGGUGGAGGAUUCUGAAGUGGGUGUGGCUGAGGCCCAAAUACCUGGAGAGGCGCCUGAGAGAGCAGGGCUGUUCCGGCAACUCCUACCGGCUCUUCUUCGGAGACUUGAAGGACAGCUCCAUGAUGUCGAAGCAAGCAAAGUCUACACCCAUCAAUUUCUCUGAUGAUAUUUCGCCACGUGUCAUCCCCUUCGUCCAUCACACUGUCAAGAAUUAUGGCAAGAAUUGUUUUAUAUGGAUUGGCCCAAAGCCGAGAGUGUAUAUUAUGGAUCCGGAACUAAUAAAAGAUGUUUUCACAAAUAUCGGUGAGUUUCGGAAGCCACGCAUAAACCCACUUUCUAGGUUGCUGUCAUUGGGAGUAGUGGCGUACGAGGGAGAGAAAUGGGCUAAACACAGAAAGAUUAUCAACCCUGCAUUCCGGGUCGAAAAGUUGAAGGCUAUGACACAUGCAUUUUAUCAGAGUUGCAAUGAUAUGAUUAGCCAAUGGGACAGGCUGAUCGGUGAAGAGGGGUCUUGUGAGUUAGAUAUAUGGCCUUCUAUUGAAAAUCUAUCAGGUGAUGCGAUAUCUCGAACAGCAUUUGGAAGUAGCUACACUGAAGGAAAAAGAAUAUUCCAACUCCAAAAAGAACAAGCUGAAUUUGUUGUGAAAGCUGUACAAUCUGUCUACAUUCCAGGAUGGAGGUUUCUACCAACCAAAAUGAACAAGAGAAUGAAGGAAAUCGAUCGAGAAGUACGAACUUUGCUAACGGAAAUCAUUAACAAUCGAGAGAGGGAAAGGAAGGCAGGAAAUGCCCCGAAUGAUGAUUUAUUAGGUAUACUUUUGGAAUCCAAUUCUAGAGAACUUCGAGAAUCUGGAAAUGAAAAGAAAGCUGCAAUGAGUCUUACAGAUGUAAUUGAGGAAUGUAAGCUAUUUUACUUUGCGGGGCAAGAGACAACCUCAGUUUUGCUCGUUUGGACAAUGGUUUUGUUGAGCAAGUAUCCAAAUUGGCAAGUGCGUGCAAGAGAAGAGGUUUUGCAAGUUUUUGGCAAGAACAAACCAGACUUUGAUGGGUUACAUCACCUUAAAGUUGUAACCAUGAUUCUGCAUGAGGUUCUGAGGUUCUACCCGCCAGUAACUAUGCUGAAUCGAGCAGUUAACAAGGACACAAAGCUAGGAAAUUUGAUAAUACCAGCUGGAGCAAUGAUCGGUUUACCAAUAAUCCUUAUCCAACGUGAUUGUGAACUUUGGGGAGACAAUGCAAAUGAGUUUGACCCAGAGAGGUUUUCAGAAGGUGUCUCAAAGGCAACAAAGGGCCAACUAUCAUUUUUCCCAUUUGGAGGGGGUCCUCGGUUGUGCAUUGGACAAAACUUUGCUAUGGUGGAAGCCAAAAUGGCGUUGUCAUUGAUAUUGCAGCACUUCUCAUUUGAAAUUUCCUCAUCCUAUGCUCAUGCUCCUUUCACAAUUAUAACUCUUCAACCUCAAUUUGGUGCUCACAUUGUACUGCACAAACUCUAGCUUGUAUCAAAAUAAGCAACUCUUAAUCUGUAAACCAAGUUUUAUUACUCCUGCUCAUGUACUAUUAUAGCAUUAUCAAAACUAGUUAUAAAGCACGGGUGCUUUUUCAUUGUA